UCUUUCCUAGGCAUCUACAACGGCCAUACUUGCUUAUUGGGUGAGGAGGUCCGAAACAGUGAGGUGUCCUUAUACACUGAUGCGGCUGGUUCGACUGGUUUUGGAGCCGUACUUGGGAAAUCCUGGUGUGCGGGUCCUUGGCCAGCCACCUGGCUCGAGCUUGGUCUUUGCAGGAACCUAACUUUAUUGGAACUAUUCCCCAUCGUAGUUGCCCUUGAGCUCUGGGCUCCCGGCCUGGCCAAUCGCAAGAUUUGUUUUUGGACGGACAAUAUGAGUGUGGUGCAUUGCAUUAACAGGUUAUCUUCCUCCUCCCUUCCUGUUUUGGCUUUGCUGAGACAUUUGGUGUAUUUGUGCUUAGCCCAUAACAUUUGGUUUCGUGCUAGGCACGUUCCUGGGAAGGUCAACUCCAUUGCUGAUGCUCUUUCUCGUUUUCAGUGGUCCAGGUUUCGACUGCUGGCUCCCGAGGCGGACGAGGAGGGUACGGAAUGCCCAGCUUCCCUGUGGCCCCUGGUGGAGACGAAUUUAUGAGUUUGAUACAGGCAUCGGUUACGGCAGCGACAUGGAAGGGUUACGACGGAUCAUCUCCUGUGGUGCUUCUGGUGGGGCACUCAUACAUCUGUCGAGCGGCACUGCGUGCGGAGAAUCGUCCAGGGGGAAAAAACCUUGGUUUUUCCGGCACACGUGUGAUUUGGCGAGGCAUCAGUGGCAUGCGGUGGCUGCAAGUACUCCCUGAGGUGGUUCGCUUUAGCCGAGCUUAUGAUGGCCCGCUGGUACUGGUAAUUCAUGCUGGGGGUAAUGAUUUGUGCCAAGUUCGGGUAGCUGAGCUUAUUUCUCUCAUAAAAUCCGAUAUGGUUCGUUUCCCCCCAUUUUUUAUGGAUUUGGUUGUAGUUUGGUCUGAGUUGGUGCCCAGGUUGGCGUGGAGGGGUGCCCGCAAUGUUGCUGCAGUUGAUAGAUCCCGCACCCUGCUUAAUCAGAGAAUCUCGCGUUUUGUGCGUAGCCAGGGCUGGGUGGUGGUUCGGCACCGGCAAUUGGAAACGGAUACCCCCUUGUUAGCUGACGGGGUUCACCUUAAUGAGGCCGGUCUAGAUAUAUUUUUGUCGGGCUUGCGCGAUGGUGUAGGGAGAGCCAUUUCUCUUCUGGGUGGAGGUCGGAGUUCGGUGUAGGAUUACACGAACUCCUAGUGGCGGUUAUUGAUCCUUUGCCUGUAUUCGGCCUAGUAUAAAAGGCGACACCACAUGCCCACUGCACACAGUGGCCGGCAUUCGGGGGUAAGAUAUAUAAGGUCAUAUACUUGACAGUUAACGAGAUACGUUUUGAAAUGGCAAGGAUCGGGAAUUAAAUAAAUAUAUACAGUAUAAAUAAAGCUGUGGCCGACUUUCACCCACUAUUCUGUUUCAGUGUGUUUUAUUCAUAAUUUAGCAUUAAAGGGCUUAUCCCUAGCUGGGGAAUAAAGGUUAAGUUCCAUAGGCUUAAACAUCUUCACAGUCUGAGCAGCGCUGAAGCAAGUAGCGAAAGCGCUACUGACUGGGAGGGGGAUUUCCCCUUUCUAAACAGUGGCGAAAAUUCGCCAGCGUGUUUGCGCCUGGCGUCUUGGCGCCUGGCGUUGUUGCGCAGGCGCAAGAACGGGGGGGUGACGUCAUCGCGCAGUGCGCAUGCGCGCUUGUUCACAGGAACGACCUUAUAAGGCAGCGCCUCCCACUGAGCUUCCUCUUGGCGCCCAUAGCAGCUACAGGCACAACUUCCCGCCCACCCACCCGGUGAUAAAUGAUUCCAUUGUUGUGUUGUUAUGUUUUAAAAAAAAAAAAAAAAAAAAAAAAAAAGGGGGACGAGGUCUGAUGUUGUUCAUUUUAAUGUAUAUUUGUUGGAUUUCAGUGUUCUUGUCACAGCGUGGCGGUUAUUGAUCCUUUGCCUGUAUUCGGCCUAGUAUAAAAGGCGACACCACAUGCCCACUGCACACAGUGGCCGGCAUUCGGGGGUAAGAUAUAUAAGGUCAUAUACUUGACAGUUAACGAGAUACGUUUUGAAAUGGCAAGGAUCGGGAAUUAAAUAAAUAUAUACAGUAUAAAUAAAGCUGUGGCCGACUUUCACCCACUAUUCUGUUUCAGUGUGUUUUAUUCAUAAUUUAGCUUUAAAGGGCUUAUCCCUAGCUGGGGAAUAAAGGUUAAGUUCCAUAGGCUUAAACAUCUUCACAGUCAAGUCUAACUGGCAGUUUGUGUAUUUAAGGUCAUUUACAUGCGUUGCACAAAGUG